GGCUCGUCCCAAACGAAACCCUGCAGCAGCCGACGACUCCAGGAAUCGAUCGCUACUCGUGUCGCGCGCUGCUCGCGUGUAGUAAUAGUAUAAUCGACGCUGUAUGUUUCUCGAGUCUCUCUCGAUAUUUUCUCCUGCUGUUUUGUGAUAUUCUCGAUUCGAGACAAGUUUCGUCGAGCAGCAGCAACAACAGUCAUGAAAGCUCUCGUGGAAAAAAGCUCCACUUCGUAGUAGAGGAGAAAAGUUUUCGGCCGCGGAAGGAGAGCGAGUGAGAGAGAGGAUAGCGUUGGGGAGUGUGCAACAGCUAGUGCGUCCGCUGCCACUUCGACACAGUGUUCUCGCGCAGCAGAGCAAGCCCCACGGCUCUGGGCAGCUCCGAGCAACAGGAGGGCUCGUUCGAGAAGGACUUGGGCAGGAGCACGACGAUGCCGGAGGCAGCCGCGGCGUCCUCGAUGGCCGUCGGCGGCGGUGGCUUGGGCUUGGGCGCGGGUAUCGCCAUCGGCCUGGCUGCCGACGACUCGGACAACUCGACCUUCGAGAACAAGUCCGGCCUGGCGGAGGAUCUCAAGUUUCUGGCUCGCAUGCCCGAGCUCUGCGACGUCACCUUCCUCGUGGGCGACACCCGCGAGCCGGUCUGCGCCGUCAAAGCCGUCCUCGCCGCCAGAAGCAAAGUCUUUCACAAGAUGCUCUAUCAAGCGCCGAGUCCGCAGCGUAAAAAGGACCCGCCAACGCGCGAGAACAAGCUGAGGUCCUUUCUGAAGAGGAGCUCGGAGCCGCUGCUCAAUUUGCAGAACGUGCAACAGCGGGCCGGUUUCACGCAGCAGCUGGCUCCCAUACAAGAGCCCCAAUCGCAUCAGCAUCACACGCUGAUAAUCGAGGAGUUCGAGCCCGACGUGUUCCGCCAGCUGAUCGAGUACAUACACACGGGCUGCGUGACGCUGCAGCCGCGCACCCUCUUGGGUGUGAUGAACGCGGCCGACUACUACGGCCUCGAGGAGCUGCGCUGCGCCUGUGCGGGCUUCGUGCACUACUGCAUCACCGUGGACACGGUCUGCGCCCUGCUCGCCUCCGCGGAGCGCUACAUCCAGUACAAGUGCACCAAGUCGCUGGUCCAGAAGGUCCUCGAGUUCGUGGACGAGCGCGGCAACGAGGUGCUCAAUCUGGGCUCGUUCACGCUGCUGCCCCAGCACGUCGUGCGUCUGAUCCUGGCCCGCGACGAGCUCCGAGCCGACGAGUUCACCAAGUUUCAGGCCGCCCUGAUGUGGAGCAAGAAGGCCUGCGACAGCAAUCCCCAGAUGGACCUGAAAGAGGUCAUCGGUAACUUCAUCGAGUACAUACAGUUUCACAAGAUCCCGGCCAACGUGCUGAUGCACGAGGUUCAUCCGCUCGGUCUGGUGCCCCACACCAUGAUCGUCAACGCACUGGCCUAUCAGUUGCUCCCGCCCGCCGGACAGGCAGACCCAACCAGCGUCGAUCCAGGCCAACUCAGUCCCCACCGAGUGAGGCGCCAGGGCCGCAGCAUGUCCGUGCAGUCGUCCCUCGACCCGUACGGCAGCAACGUGACCCUCAACUCAUUGGGGAGCGACGCCGGAUCGGGCAACAGCGCCGGCGCCCAGCUGGGCGGCUGCGGUGGACAGUCCUCCCAGCAGUCGGCCGCGAACAGCAACUAACCCGCGGCCGCCGCGGCUCAGC